AUGUCGGGCAAAGCGGCGCUGAAAGCUGUGCGAGCAGCUUUGGAAUCGAAAGAUUUCCAAGUUGCUGCUGAAAAAGCCAAGGAGCUUGUCAAGAACGAGCCGAACAAUUACCACGCGAACGUCUUCCUCGGCCUCGCCAGCGAUCGAUUGAAUAAGAACAAUGACGCAGAGAACGCUUAUUUUGCUGCCACUGCGAUCAACCCCAGCGAUAAAACUGCUUGGCAGGGCUUGGUCUCCCUGUACGAGAAACAGGGUGGUUGCCAGCAUGAUGGUUACCACAACGCAGUCAUUGCUCUUGGGACGAUAUUCGCCGAGAACGACGAGAAGGAACGCUGCCAAGAUCUGAUUAACAAAUACACAAAGUCGAUGAAGAGCAAAGGGACCCCGACUCAACACAAGCAUGCAUUGGAACUCCAGAUACCGGGCUCACCCCUGUAUGACUUCCUUGAGGGCCGGUUGCCCCGUCCAACCCAAACAUACCAGCGACUGAUUGAAAUCACCGAGCGCCAAGAAAGAGAAUUUAUCAAUCGUGAGAUUGGAGAGCGCAGAACGCGCCUUGGUGCUCGAAUCGAACAAGUCACCCAGGAAGUUCGGAAAGAAGCUGCCAACAAGAGUCGUUUGGACCAAUAUUACCAAGGAAUGAUUGAUUGGACCAACGACGAUGCAGUACGCCGUCAUUACGAGGAGAAGUUGUUUCAGCGUGCAUAUGAGGAACUUGGAGUUCUGCCUAACGCGGCGAAGGAGGCAAAGAGAGCAGCCGUUUUCAAGGCAGCACAUGACAUGGUGAUCAUAAAACAUCCGUUCGAACCCGCAUGGAAAGUUUUCCUGGGGUGGCUGGAUGUUCAGGAUUUCUCCCAGUAUGACGUGGGGCAUCUGCGUGAGUACAUUGAGUUCUUCCCAGAAUCUGGACUCUCGCAAGUUCUCAAAGGCUUUUUGUUGAGCGACCUAUCACCUUUCCCCCAUGAUCCCUGGGAUGAAACACAAGGCAAAGAUGCCAAGGAUAGCAAGGAAACCGCAGCCACUCAGGCUGAUAACAAAUCUGAUGACGAUGCAACUGCCCCUCAAGAUCCUUUCGUCCUUAUGGUUGAGGGCUUGAAUUCUGCUCGAGAUUCAAUUCUUGCCCACCGCAUCAUGGCAUAUGUCUACCUCUCUUUCGAAGAGUAUGAGAGCGUGGUCACUGUUGCUCGUAAAGGGCUACUGUACGUUGAGACCUUGGUCAAGUACAGUGGGGUCAAGAUCCCCAACACCAUCGAUGCCUUGAACAACGCACUUGCCAAUGCCCUGAUCUAUUAUCAAUCCCCCCGGCAUCACACGGAUGCGAAACAGAUAUUUGAGGGUAUCCUCGAACGAAACCCAACCUCCUCCAAUUGCCUGCUUGGUAUUGGUCUGAUUUUAAAAGAGGAUCAGGACUACGCAGAAGCUGUCGACUUCCUGCGCCGAUCACUUGAACGCGAUCCUUCUAACCUCAAGAUUCGUGGAGAACUUGCUUGGUGUGAGGCAUUGAAUGGCGAUCUGGAAGGUGGCCUAGCCAGCCUCCGGGCUACGCUUGAUGAUCUGCAGGAAGCUCAGCCAGAUAACAGGGAGUUCAAAUCCGAGCUUUUUUACCGCAUUGGGUACUGCCAGUGGGAGCUUGAUCCGUCCCCAGCCGCGCGGAAAGAUCGCAGUGGUGCUUACGCUAGCCUCUUUGCCUCCAUCCAAGCGAAUAUGAAUUUCGCUCCAGCAUACACGAUCCUUGGUUUCUACUACGCGGACUACAAGAAGGACAAGGCCAGAGCUCGCAGAUGCUUCCACAAGGCAUUUGAGCUGUCAACCUCUGAGAUUGAAGCCGCCGAGCGUCUUGCCAAGGGAUUUGCCGACUCGAAGGAAUGGGACCUUGUCGAAGCAAUUGCGCAGCGGGUGGUUGACUCCGGCAAGGCUAGGCCUUCCCCUGGGUCAAAGCGCCGAGGGUUCAGCUGGCCAUAUGCGGCACUGGGGUCUGUCCAGGUUAACAAACAGCAAUACAGCAAAAGUAUCGUGUCCUUCCAAGCAGCGCUUCGACUCGCGGCAACAGAUUACCACUCAUGGGUCGGUCUUGCCGAAAGCUAUCACCACUCUGGUCGAUACAACGCUGCCACCAAGGCUUUUGAGCAAGCAAAGCUAUUGGAACCUGAGCUUUCAGCUAAGGACAAGGAGCACGUAUGGUUUGCCAAUUAUAUGCUGGCAAACGUCAGGCGAGAACUUGGCCAGUAUGAUGAAGCUAUCGCUGCCUACGAAGAUGUCCUGAAAUCCCGACCUGAUGACAUUGGUGUGACUCUCGCGCUUCUUCAGACCCUGACUGAGAGUUCGACGAAGAGCCUUGGCCUGGGCCUCUUCAAUGAUGCGGCAGACCUCGCCUGCCAAGCUAUUUCGGUGGCCACCUCGCUGGCACAGAACCGAAGCGAUAUUUUCAAUUUGUGGAAGGCUGUAGGCGAUGUCUUCUCCAAUUUCUCAUACAUGAAGGCCAAGGCUGUAAAGCUGUCUGCUUCCAGUUGCAAGACUUUAUUGGCAAUUGAUCUCGACCCUAUGGCCCUUGAUGUUAUGACCGAUAUCGAUGGUGUCGGAACUGAUUGCCUCGCGGCCAAUGAAAGUGAAGAGUCCAUGCCAUCUGAACUCUACACUCACCUGUCCAUAAUCGCUUUUAAGCGUGCACUUCACGUCACCAUGCAUGAUGCUCAUUCUCAAGCAGUUGCCUGGUACAAUCUUGGUUGGGCUGAGUACUUGGCCCAUCGCACUGUGCAGCCGGAUCCGACCAAGAAAGGCAAGAAGUCUCGCAAGUUCCUGAAAGCAGCCAUGCGGUGCUUCAAGAGAGCAAUUGAAUUGGAGGCGGGCAAUCCCGAUUUCUGGAACUCAUUGGGUGUCGUCACUGCAAGCAUGAGUCCCAAGGUAUCCCAGCAUGCUUUUGUGCGAAGUCUGCAUUUGAAUGAACGCAACGCCCAAGUUUGGACCAACCUCGGAGCACUCUACCUCCUCCACAAAGAGGGCCAUCAAUCGUACAAAACCUUCUUGCGCGCGCAGGCCACCGACCCAGAUUACUCACUCGCUUGGGUCGGCCAAGGCUUCGUUUCACUUAGUGUUGGCGAGGCACAGGAGGCGAGGGGCUAUUUCGAGCAUGCCUUCGAUAUCUCGAAUUCGUCCGAUAUUCUCCCUAAGCGCCAGUUCAGCCUGACCCACUUUGAUCAUCUUACUGAGGCCUCCUCCUCUAAUGUGUCCGAGCUCAUCCAGCCAUCCUUCGCACUGCACCAACUCUGCAUCCAGGAGCCCUCUAACCUGCCCUUUGUGCACCUUUCCGCCCUGUUGGCAGAGAGAAUGGGUGAGACCGCAGAUGCCGAGUUUAGCUUGCAGGUUGUGUGCUCAGGCAUGGAAGACGAGUUCGAAAAGACCGAGUCCCCAGCUUCCCUGUCGAGGUAUUCCCAAGCAAACGCAGAUAUGGCUCGUGUCCUGCUUGCACGCCAAUCUUAUGAAGACGCUGCGGAGAAGGCCGAGCUCGCGCUCACCCUCUCUGGAGAGGAAGACGCUGAGAAAUUCGAUCCCGAAGCCUGCAAGAAGCUUCGUCUGUCUGCGCAUCUGACCGCUGGUCUAGCAUUUUACAACUUGAAGUCUAUGGACAAGGCAAUCGAUAUGUUCCGUGAUGCCCUCGAAGAAGCAGGGAACGCUCCAGAUGUUGUCUGUCUUCUUGCUCAGGUCCUGUGGGCCAAGGGCGGGGAGGAGAAUCGGUCUGUUGCUCGCGAGCAACUGCUCGACUGCGUGAUGAAUAACCCUACCCAUGUUGGAGCAGUCACCCUUUUGGGUGUCAUCGCUCUCAUCGAUGCGGACCGGGACGCCAUUGAAGCAGUUGAAUCAGAUCUUAACAGCAUGAUCUCACGCGAUGACAUCGGUCUCCACGACCGAGCUAAAAUCAUCAAACUCCUAAGUGCCAUCUCAGCAAUGGGACUCAAGGAUAACGCAGCCCUCCCUGAGAGCAUCAGGCGCAUGGGCGAUGCCACCGCUGCCGUGAUGCUUACACCCGGCCAACCUGCCGCCUGGUUGGAGUUGUCGGCAGCAUCGCGAAACCAGUACCCAUCCGCCAUGACUAUCAAACGCGCUCUGCGGAGCGUGCCUCCUUACGGUAAUCUCGGAGCCGAGGAUCUCAGCCGAGCGUACUCGCAAACCGGCAAGGUCGGUGACGCCUUCCGAGCGAUCAUGAUUGCCCCGUGGAAACGCAAUGGAUGGGAGGAGCUGACCCACAAUGUACCUACCCCGAACAUGUGGACGCGCUCUACAGGCCACGGACCGGAGUGA